UAGCUAGUGGUUCGAUAGUCGUCGGUUCCGUCCUUUUUUCACCAAUAAAUUUUCACAUUUUAAUAUACAGACUGACCACAAACGCAACAACUUCGCUCCAUGCCUUGAUUAAUCAUUUUUUCCUUUCAUGCGAUUUUCCUUGGUGUUGGUAGUAGCUUCAGUCGACGGCCUUGAGGUAGCUUUCAUGAAUGGUAACCGCAGGCCGAGACCGCUAUGGAUUUCUUCAACAAUUCUUCUAGAUCGAGUUCUUUAACAUUGGGAGAGAAGAUUUGCGCUGCGCUUUUUCCAUUGGCGGCCUUAAUCGAGGUUUUGAUAUAUGCUGUGACCAAUUGCUUCGACUGCCAGCCGCGGAUUCAGAAAAUUAGCUAUCGUCUCACCGAUCUAGCUCGCCUUUCCCUUGAAUCUCCAUUUUCUAUUAACGAAUUGGAAGCCUUGUACGAGCUUUAUAAGAAGCUGAGUACUUCCAUAAUCGACGAUGGAUUAAUUCAUAAGGAAGAACUUCAAUUAGCGUUGUUUCAAACUCCUUACGGCGAGAAUCUCUUCCUGGACCGGGUUUUUGAUCUCUUUGAUGAAAAGAAAAAUGGUGUUAUCGAGUUUGAUGAGUUCAUCCAUGCACUCAGCGUGUUCCAUCCCUAUGCCCCUUUCGAACAAAAAAUAGAUUUUGCAUUUAGGCUGUAUGAUUUGAGACAAACUGGAUUUAUUGAACGAGAAGAGGUUAGGCAAAUGGUAAUUGCUAUUUUGUUGGAAUCUGAUGUUAUUUUGCCGGAAACACUUCUGGAUGACAUCAUUGACAAGACAUUUUCUGAAGUUGAUGCUGACAAGGAUGGUAGAAUCAGUAAGGAAGAAUGGAAAUCUUUUGUGGUAAAACAUCCAUCUAUAUUGAGGAAUAUGACUCUUCCUUAUUUGAAGGAUGUGAGCACUGCAUUUCCAAGUUUUAUUUUUAGCACCGAAUUGGAAGAUUGAAUCUCAAGCUUUUUUUUCUAGCAUUUCCUAAACAAGGUGUUUGGAGGCUUCCAUUGCAUGUGGAAUUGCUUUGUGCAGUCAAAUUGUGGAAUUUUGCUUCCAAUAUACAUUCAUGGCAGGGAAUUCACAUGUCGGAUUUGGAGAUGGGUUUGACAUUUGUCUUUAGCAGAAAGCUAGAGCCGAGUGGUGGCACCACAAGAUCAUAUCUGUGCUGUACAAAAUUUAAGUGAGGUGUAAGGAUUGUUGAUUCAAAUUUUUGCAUCUGUUAGUCUUUUAAGUUAUAUAUGCCCCUCUCAUUUGUCUGUUGAUACUUAAUAUCCAUUUUAAAUGCAUAAUUUGGCCUUACAAUA